GGUUGGCAACGUCGCAAGCUAGGGUUUUGCAAAAGCUACAAAUAAUUUUGGGUAGUGGCUUUGAGUGACAUCGUAACCUUACGACGCGUGACGAACACGGGUUAUUACGUGUAAUUAAUGAUUUACCGGGGUUUUUGAAAUAAUUCGUAUAUUUUAUCACUGCCAAUUUGUUGUAAAAAUUAGUGUAUUAGUGAUAAAACUGUGUUAGUGCGGAUUACUGGUGCCGGUUUGUUAUUACAUCGUCGUCGAGAUAAAGCUUGACAAUGGGAAACGUUCACACUUGUGGUCCAAACGAAGCUCUCGUCGUAUCAGGAGGAUGUUGCGGGUCCAUGAAAAAGAGAACCAUCGUGGGUGGUUACGCAUUCACCUGGUGGUUCGUCACCGAUGUCCAACGACUGUCUCUCGAAGUAAUGACCUUGAAUCCCGUUUGCGAAAAUGUGGAAACCGCCCAGGGUGUGCCUUUGACUGUCACGGGGGUGGCGCAAUGCAAGAUUAUGAAGGCUGACGAGCUUCUACACACUGCCAGUGAACAAUUUCUAGGAAAAAGCGUUCACGAAAUUAAGUCGACGAUUCUAUCCACCUUGGAAGGACAUCUCCGUGCAAUUUUAGGAACACUCUCGGUGGAGGAAGUAUACAAGGAUCGAGACCAAUUUGCAACGCUCGUAAGGGAGGUUGCCGCCCCGGAUGUUGGUCGGAUGGGCAUCGAGAUCUUGUCAUUUACGAUAAAAGAUGUCUACGACGACGUUCAAUACUUGGCGUCGCUCGGCAAGGCUCAAACAGCAGCGGUGAAACGAGACGCCGAUGUUGGCGUCGCCGAGGCGAACCGCGACGCCGGAAUCCGGGAGGCAGAAUGCGAGAAGGCAGCGAUGGACAUAAAAUACAACACCGACACAAAAAUCGAGGACAAUGCCAGACUCUUCCAACUUCAGAAGGCAAACUUUGACCAAGAAGUGAACACAGCGAAAGCCGAAGCUCAAUUAGCCUACGAGCUUCAAGCAGCGAAGAUCAGACAACGGAUACGAAACGAGGAGAUCCAAAUCGAGGUUGUAGAGAGGCGUAAACAGAUCGAAGUAGAGGAACAGGAAGUUCGUCGAAAGGAACACGAGCUGCAGAGUACAGUGCGACUUCCGGCUGAAGCUGAACAUUACAAAAUUGGCAAAGUGGCCGAAGGAAAGAGGACGCAGACCGUGAACGCGGCCGAAGCUGAAGCUGAGAGGAUUCGAUUGAUCGGAGAAGCCGAGGCUCAAGCUUUAGAGGCGGUUGGAGUGUCGGAGGCUGAACGUAUGCGGAUGAAAGCCAUGGUGUACAAGAAAUAUGGUGAAGCUGCUAUUCUAAACAUCGCUCUGACCGCUCUGCCAAAGAUUGCCGCGGAAGUUGCAGCACCAUUGGCGAGAACGGAGGAAAUUGUUCUUCUGGGUGGAAACGAUUCGACUAGUGGAGAAAUUACACGCCUUGUGGGGCAAGUACCUCCAGCUGUUCAAGCACUGACUGGUGUAGAUCUUUCAAAAGUGUUAGGAAAGAUACCAGGCGCGAAGUAAUGGUGGACGAUGCAAGAGGGAAGAACGGCGACCAGGCGAUCGGACAUUAGGAAUCGGCUGUAGAAAAAAAGAAAACUCUAUACUGCCAAAGGUUUCCCCGCUACUCUCAUCAUCAUCCUCCGGUGACACUCCACUUUUUUCUCUUUCCCGAAUUAUUCUACCUCAAACGUAGAUGAAGUGACGCUCAACACAAAUGGUCAGAUCGGUCAUGCCUCCGCCGGUUGCGCGUCGAAUUUAAAAAUCGAUCGUGUCCAAACUCCGGUACCAUUUGCGAUUGCGGUCCACCUCGACGAUCAUAAAGAACGCACACCGACGAUUUCAACUUCGACCCUGAUCAUUCGUGCACGUUUCUAUUCGAGAAACCUUGAGUGUACAGAGUCGACCUGUCUUCUUCUUCGGGUAAACCGACGUUUCCCGUCGAUCGAACUUUAAACGACGCAGCCCGGAACGCAUCUUGAAAGGAAGAUCAGAGGAUGGCAAAGCAAAUCGGCACGAGCAGCGACAAGGUAUAAAAAUUUAACGAUUCGCCGCUGGUUCACCUGAACCGGGGAUCCAGCUCGUAGUGAAUGUAUGCCGUUACAUUUGCGAGUCUAUUGUGAUUGAAAACUCUCGAUCAUUGUGUUCAACAUAAGUAAGUAACUUAACGAAAGGGAGAGGAGAGGUGGUGAACGUUCGUGCGGAGUAGGCGACGUGGAAGUCAACUGUCCGUAGGUGGUUGUACAUACUCGUAGUAGCGUGUGUAUAAUAGCAGCUGAGGUUUCUAACUUGCUUAGAAUGAGACGCGGCGAACGAGCUGAAAGAGUGCUUUAUAACUAUAACUACAGUGUUUUAUAUGUAUAAUACGAUCCAGAUGACCCAGUCGGUUAACCUAAAAAGUGAUUCAAAGAUUUGUCUAAUAUAAAUACAAAUCAUACAAUAAGUAAACUAUAAGAAAGCAAAGAAUAUCCAAAAAAAAAACUAUAAUACUUAUCAGAAAUAUUCUUUUGGAAAAUGAUAAAUGGGUUCUUUGGAACUGACUGGUUCUUUUGGUAUAAAGUCUUCAGUUAUGGCUAUUUCUGAAAGCAAAUGACCAUAAUUUUGAAUGUUAUAAAUUAGAUAAAUUGUUCAUAAAAAUAUAUUUACAAUGAGGUAUUUUUUUAACGUAACUGAAAUGUGCAUAGUUCCCCUCAGUAUCAAGCUUAUUCAAAGUUUAUUCAAAGAUACAAGAUAUAAUUUGUUUUAGAAAAUUUUUCUCUAUACAAAUUGGUUCUUGUUGCUGUUAAUUUUGUCUGUAGGAAAUGUAUUUAGAUAUUUGAAGAAUGAAUACUUUAUGAAAUAUUUCAGAUCUGUUAAAGGGUGCAGAGAUAUUCCAGAAUUAUGUAAUUCAUUUCUGUAUACAAUUCAUUUCUUGUACAAUCAGAAUAUUUCUAAUUGUACAGUGUAUUUUAAUUUAAGUCUUCCAGUUGGCUAUUGACAUGAUUCCAUAUUAAAAACUUCGCAGAGUAUUUAUUAUUCAAAUACUUUCACGCAUAAACAGACAGAUGUGAGACAUAUUUGUAUCAUUUUUUGUUAUAUAAAGGAAAUGACAAGUCUCUUGCAUUUAUUAAAGAUAACUGCAUUUAUUAUAAAUACUAUAUUCUUCAACCGUUUCAAUGUUUGACUUUGAAUAAAUAUCAGACUAAUUCUACUUGUAGAACAGAUGUUGAAUGUUCAUGGACUAUAAUCAAUAAAAAAGAAGCGCUCAAAUAUCUUCGUUCGUCGUGAUCACAUUCGAAAUUCUCUCGGUUGACCACGCAUCGGAAUCAAUCCUAUUCCUUUCUAUUUACCAUUAUUGUAUACUCCAUAAUGAAGAAAAAGUGCCAACUUGUACAUACAGUAUCGUCACACCGCCCAGAUUGUAUUUUCUAUUGCGUAACAAGUAUUCUCUUGUAUUGCAUCUUUUAUUUGAUUCGCAGUAGCUCUCCUGUCAAGUUACCCUUCAGACCCGUACUAUUUUGUUCGGAGAUUGACAAUUUCAUCGCGCAAAAUCACGAUUAUAAUGAAAAAAUUGUAGGUAAUAAUCAUACAUCAGGCGUCGCCGAGUACAAAUUCCAUUGUCCUGUCCUGAUGUAUAUUGGUACUUGCUGAAGAACACCUAGAAAAGAAAGAGACUCAUGGACUUUGAAGACACUUUAAUUUCUGUUGUUUUUUUAUUCAGCAGUUUAUUUUCAAUAAGAUUCACAAAGUUUUUAUUUCUUAGAUUUUUAUAAUUGAUACUAUUUGAGAUAUUUAGCUUCUACUUCUUUGACACAAUCUGUUUCAGCGUAGACAGAAAUUUUGUUACAUAUAGAUUGUUGUAACUUUUGAGAUACAUAUAUCUUCAAGUUCCAAUUUUCCUGGUUACUGUCAGAAUAGUCAUAUGUGAAACCUAACCUAACCAAUAUUUAUAUAACUUAUACAGGGUGUGUUUUCUAAGAAAAUAUGUUUGUAUACUGAGAUAAUUGUGUAUUUAAAGUAAUAUGUAAUAAAAGUCUAGAAAGAGAUUUUUGAAGAGAGAGUCAAAGUCCUGACUUCAACUUUUUAUUAAGAAGAAAAAUUUAUAAUAUGCAAAUGUGUAGCAAAGUGUUUGAACAAAGGCUGAUUCUUGUGCAAAACAUUUUUUUGGUAGAUCAUUGAAACUGCCUAAAAAUAAUCUUAGAGGAUACACCCUUUGCAAAUAGUUAUUUUUAAAUGUACCUUCUACACAGUACAUGAAUAGCACUUUGUAUAAAUAUUAUUCAGAAGUAAUUUGUAUCUACUUCAGCUGUAAAUACACUGCUAUUCAAGUAUUUUUGUGUAACUUAAUUUGCUGAGACAUGUGAUUAAUGUACCAAGUAUCAAUGUAUCAUAAAAACAGUCAUAUAUGAAACUUCAACAAAUCUUCAAACUGAAAGAAAAAGAAAAGAUUCUCGUUCUCUUCUUCAGGAAACUGAUGCAAGUACCUAUGAGGUAUAAAAAGAGAUGCAAGAACUAUUGUCAGCUAACAAAAGUCUUUCCAAAAAAAGAUGAAAAAGUAAAAAAAAAUAAAGGAAAGUGUACAUUUAGAACAGUACAAACAAGAUGACAGAAAAUAAAAUUAUAUACAAUGAAGUGUUAAGAAAAGGAAGAAAUUGUAAUCCAUAAGUGCAAGGUCCGCGUCUAUAUAGUAUUUUUAUUAAUAAGAAGUGCUGUAAAAAUGCAGAUUAUAUAAAAAAGGACAAAAAGAAGAAGUAAAAAGUUCUAUCGCUGUCAAGGCAGAUGUUUUAUACAUAUAAGCUAUUUUUUAGUAAAGUUAGCACCCUUUCCGAUGGGUAGUCAAUGCGAGAACUCGCCAUGUAAAAUUCAGAUAGCCUCAAGAUGUUCGUUCUCCUUUUUUCCGUUGUUUCGUUUCUUUCUUUUCCCCCUGAUAAUUGUAGACCCGCAAAAGUUCAGAUAUUACGAAAGAAGAAAAGGGAAGAAAACUGACGUCUACGUGUUCCACCAAAUUAUCCGAUACCGAUCGAAAUCAAUUUCACGCAAAGUGUGUUCGACUUUCAUUCCGUGUUCGACGAUGAAUCAAUCGAAUGAUUAAUUUAUUGUAAUCGUCGUUAUGCAUCGUCGAGGAAUUGAGGUUAUGUAGAUAAAUUAUGUAGACCCUGUAAUGCGAGGGCUUUCGAAAUUCGCGAUGUCGUAAAAACGUCUACGCGAUGAUUUCUUCGAACUUUUCUGUCGAAUUAAUAUCUUUCGAUAUACGAGGCGAUUCACUUAAAUGUGUGAAUUAAAUAAUUUGAAAAAUUCUUAAAAAUAUUUCAUUUUGGUGAAUGUUUGAUAUUUCAAAGUUACAUUCUGACACAAACGCUCUUUCGUGACUAAUUAUUUUUAAAGAAAACUGUGAAACGUAGAGGAAAGAAUCUUUUUAGAAUUUACUAUAUUUUAAGAGGACAAAAAUUCGUGCAUAUUGUUCUGUCAAAAUCCUAAAAAGAUUUUACCUCUACAUUAUAUAAUUUUCUUCAAAAGAAUAAGCGAAUAAAAACCAUUUUUUUUAUAAGUGCACUGUGCAGAAUGUAUCUUCAUUUGUUUCACUUCUAUGCGUGUAAAACAUAAUGAUAUUUUGUGAACGUACUACCAAAAUUUAUUUGCAUAGGACAAAUGUGAUUUGUAAGUAGAACAAAAAGGAAGGAGAAACAAAAUAUAAUUAUUAGGCUAAUUGUAAUCGAAUCUGUUGAAUCACAGCAUAACAACAUGAAACAAAAGAAAUGUGAGUCAUAAAAGUAAUCAUCUUUCUACGUGAAAAAAACGACUGAUUAAUAGCAAUCGCUAGCUCUUUGAAUUUUAUUGAAAAUGAACAAAAAAAUGUGGACGUUCUUCGUGCAGUUCUAUAAAAUUCAUUAUCGAUGGAUUUCUGUAAUUUAAAGUGUGAAUUAUAAAAUUCUUUCUCUCGUUCGUAAACGUGUAGACGAUUUUAUAAUGCAAUUUCGACUGUUUUCUAACAAACAAUUCACAUUAUUCACGUAACGAAAGAGUUUCUUCAAGCUUUCAGUACUCGGAAGUGUCUUCUUUCAACUCCAUCAAGUUAUUACUUCUAUGACCACUACAGGUUACCUUUGCGUAGCGAGUGAUAAAGGAACAAAAGAUUGCGGAUGAAUAAUGUCUUGUCAUUUUGAGAUUACGUGACCCUGUGUUGCUGUGAUGUAGAAUUUUCGAAUUUUUUGUUUCAUUUUUGAAGUUCGGGCCUUUUGGACGUUGACAUUCUUGAAUUUCUUUAUCUUGGAACUUCAGAACUUUGCAACUUUGGAGUUUUGGAAAAUUUAGACUUUGGAACUUUAAAAUGUUUGAAUUUUGGUAUAUAAGGACUUUGGAGACUUAGAAUUUGAAAACUGUGAUAUUUUUCUGCUCUGCAACUUCAAAAUUCCAAAACGUUGGGGCUUUAGA